AAUCCGUGCCGCUGGAAUUAAAAUGAGCACUCCUGCUGAGCUGCUCUCCUCCUCCACAUAGCGCUGCCUUUUCUGCACAAGAUCUGUUUUAUGAGACUCCAACAGGCGACGCAGGAUGACUACUACCUUAUCGCUUGUGAUUUUGUGCGCUUCGGUGGCGUUAGUGUCGACGUCUAAGACGGAGCGGGCGGUGCUGCUCCCCUGUGAGACAAACCAGUACACCAGCACUGGAGAAUGCUGCCAAGAGUGUCCACCUGGAGAAGGAGUGGUGAAGAAAUGCGGUGCUACGCAGACAGUGUGCGCCCAGUGUUUGGACAGUGAGACCUUCUCAGAAAACUACAGUCUCACAGAGCAGUGCAGGCCCUGCACUGAGUGUACUGGCCUGAUGCGGAUGGAGACUCCCUGCACCGACUCCAAUGAUGCCAUCUGCAUCUGCAACUACAACUAUUUCUUCGACACAUUAUCAAGCCAAUGCAAGCCAUGUACGGUGUGUCCGGCAGGCCAGGGUGUGUUUGCACACUGCGAACAUGAUCAUGACACUGUGUGCGAGGAGUGUGUGGACGAUACCUUCUCUGACCGGGAAAGCUCCCUCGACCCCUGCCUGCCCUGCACCAUCUGUGAUGAGGAAACUGAGCAGCAGCUGGCUCUGUGCACACCAACCAGUGACUCUGUCUGUCAUAAUCCUCUCCUCCCAACAUAUUUUGCUUCAACCUCCGAAAUGGGUCUGUCUCCACCUUCCUUCACCAAUUACUUCCUCCCUGAUGGCUCAGAAAGCCCGCCGCCAGUAGGAGAGACAACCACGUCCAGCGCCGGCUCUCCUCGCUUCCUCGGCCACGGGCUCAACGAAAACCUCAUCCCCAUUUACUGCUCUAUCCUGGCAGCUGUGGUGGUGGGCCUCGUGGCCUACAUUGUUUUUAAGAGGUGGAAUAGCUGCAAGCAGAACAAGCAGGCAGCUAAUAACCGUGCGGCUACAAACAACCAGAUGGUGACGCCGGAGGGAGAGAAGCUGCACAGCGACAGCGGCAUCUCGGUGGACAGUCAGAGUCUGCAGGAGCAGCAGCAGCAGCAGCAGCAGCAGCAGGCCCAGGCUGAAGUCCAGACUCAGCCCUCACACUCUCACACACAGGAACAGAUAGUGGUGAGGGUGGAUGGUGGCCCCCAGCCUGACACGCCUCCCCCUGAAGUUUGAGGAAAAGGAGGAAGAAGAGGAGGCGUCAGAGCUUAAGACAGGGAUAGGAGAGUGGGGACUUGAACCAUGGACCAAAAAGAAAGCAGGGGGGGCCCACACGGGAAUGUAAAACUGAAUCUGAUUCAUAUGUGAAGUGGCCACAGGCCUCCCAGCACCUUUGGGCCACAGUUUGACUCUUCAUCCCUGCAUAUAGAGUGCAACUCUAUCUAUCAGUGUGCCUGGUCACGACCUCUACGGCAAUAUCAACCAAUGUCUGUACCAAUGUCACUGCAGAUACAUAACCAUAGAUAUAUGCCAGUGCAUCUCAUAUUAACUGAAUAUUCCAGUAUCUAUUAUUGACAUAAUUCUCACUAACUGCCAACUUAGUCUCCUCUGCCCCUUUCGAAGCUUUCCAUUUUCCAUCUAAUUCCACAAUCACUAGCCAUGAAAUGUAUGUGCCUGAAAGAUAUAUAGGCAGUUUCUCCAUUAUCUCCUCUUUCUUUUCUUUGUGCAUCAAAGAGACCUUUUUCCUGAGUGACCAACCUUUUCCCUCUCACAUCUUCCUCUGUGGCAUCCCACUCUCAUAUAAUCCUCUGUCUCUCUCCAUAGGAUUCACUCUAUUAGACCCCCGCCGUCAACUGCGAUACAAAAAACAGCGGGGGAGGCGUGAGUCACUAUCAACUUCUUCUGAACUUUCUUGUUCUUUUAUCAUUUAACCACAGACACAUUUCGUGGCAUGUUGUCUUGUAAAAUGUUUGCCUCAUUCUUUGAGAUUGGCUGCACCGACUGAUGCAAGUGACUCAUAUUCUGGAAGGUCAAUUGCUGUGCAGCCUGCUCGGUAAUCGACUAUUUUUCCUCAGCGAGAUCUUCUUCCUCACCCGCGGUCUCUACCCCUCUCACCCCUUCAUAGAGCCUCUAGGGAUUGUGUUUCAGUAAUUUCAUGCUUAUAAUAUAACACACCCAAAUGUUUGUCUCCUGUUUGUGGUGCAUUACUUUCAUUUUGUGGCUUAAGUUACAUGGCUGAUUCAGCAGGGUGCCUCCACAGUCCUUGAUGGAGCCUGGAUGUGCAGCAUGAGACAAACAUCUCUGGACUGUGGAGCUCUGCUGACUUACUGCGAUGAGUUGACAUGUCUGAGGGGA